AUGGCACAGACCAGGAUGGCCGCUGUAGGAAGCAGUGCUGCUGCGCCGAGGCUGCGCAGCACGCGCCGUCCGGUCGUGACGGCUGCUGUCAUAGACAGCAAGGGCCGUGUGCUUGUGUUGCGUCGGUCCGCGGCGGUAUCGACGUACCCGGGCCUCCUGCAUUUCGUGAGUGGGGGGUUGGACAAACGCGCGCCUGAACCGGCGCCCGGGGACAGCGUGGUUUGCGGGUACGAAGACCCUCAAGAGGCAGCAUUCAGGGAAGUGUACGAGGAAACAGGCAUCUCCCGGGAUGACCACGGCCUGGUGCUCGUGAGGGCAGGGCGGCCACUCCAGGUCGACGACGACGGCAGGCGCCUCAUCGUCUAUCCUUUCCUGCUCCAGGUUCCAUGCAGGGGAGACUCCAUCGACGUGGCCCUGAACUGGGAGAACACAGAAGCCUUCUGGACCUCUGCCGCGAACCUUCCGCCUCCCUCGUCGUGCGUGCCGAAGCUCCAUCCUACGCUGGGCGCGCUCGCUGUCUCCUCGACCGCUCUCGGGUGGCUGCAGGACCUCCACGAUGAUCGUGACCAUGGUGCUGUGGAGCUCGCUGUGUGGGCCGCAGCGUGCCUCGGUCAGGAGGCGCAGCGCCUGCUCGCAAGCAGGGCCUCCGAUGCAGCCAGCCUCGCCAUGGUUCGCGCCGCAGCGCAUGCAGCUAUCGGGCAGGUACUUAAGGCCGCCCCCGGCCGGCCCCUGGCGAAGCGCAGCCUCAGGGACGUUGCGCCACGCACCCCGGACCUGCCAGGCUGCCCGGUGCGCACGGACGGCCUCGAGCACUUCCGCGACCUGGCGUUCCAUCUCGCGAUGUGCCGGCCCUCCAUGGCCCCCAUCGCCGCAGCGGCGGUCCGGGUCCUCCGCCAUGCCAACGCCAUCCUGUCAUCCAACAUCCUGCCGCCAAGCGCCUUCGACGCGAUCCCGCGCACCGCGGACAGCCCCAGCGGCCCUGUGCUCGUCGCCGUCGAGGAGGCCGCGGCGCUCGUCAUCGCGGAGAUCGAGGCCGCAUCCGAUGCCGCAGCGUCGCAGGCAGCUGCGGUGCUGGCAAGCUUGCCGCGGAAGCGCGGCUUGUCGCGGGUGUUGACGCACUCGUACUCGUCGCUCGUCGUACGCACGGUGCGGAACUUGCGGCAGGAGGUGGCACGCGUGGAUGGAGCUGGCGGAGAAACUGGCCAAGCACAGAUAGGGGUGGCUGUGUGCGAGGCGCGGCCCCGGUUCGAGGGGGCCGCAGCGGCGCGCGCUGUCGCCGACGCGGUGGACAGGAUCGCUGUGGUGACGGACGCACAGGCGGCGGUCGCGGUGCGAGAGGCUGACGCGGUGCUGCUGGGGGCGGAUACAGUUGGCACGCAAGGCGUCGCGAACAAGGUCGGGUCACUGCCCAUUGCGCUGUGCGCCCGGCGGUUCAACGUGCCCGUCGUGUUCGUUGCCACCGAUCUCAAGCUCGAGCAAGCCGACGUGCGAGGCGCAUUCGCGAUACGGGACACCGUCCUCGGUCCGGCGGGGGAGGCGGUACGCGCACAGAGCCGAGCACCAUUGCAGCACGAGGACAUGGGGGGCGCGGAGGUCUGCCGCGGCUGGCCCGGCGAGUUGCAGGCGUGGGGGUCGGCGCGCGGAGACGGAGUGCUGGAAGUGCGCAACCAGUACUUCGAGGACGUGCCGUGGGACCUCGCGGACACGAUCGUGACGGAGAGCGGCGCGGUACGACCGGACGAGGCCGCCGCUGCGGCGAGCGUUGAUGCUGCAGACGCACUAGAUGACGUGUUCGGCAGCGGAGUCAUGGGGGAGUGCAUGCUCAGGCCGGUUGAGGACUGA